AUGGUCGGUGUGUCUUCAUCAAUUGCUAGAUUGACAAUAGAGAAUAUUGAAGGACUUACUCAACUACAUGGAAAAGUUCUAAAAGAUACUAAGGCGGUAAAGUAUCUAAAUAUUUCUAAAUGUGGUGAACUCGCAUACCUGUGGGGAUCAGAAGCGGAGGCAUACGAAAUUCUUGGUGGUUUACAAAAGUUGAAAGUAAAUAGGUGUGCAAAUUUGAUAUCAUUGGGAGAGAAAGAGAUGCCUUUGAAAUUUGUUAGAGAAGUGGAAAUCGAUGAUUAUCGAAGACUCAAGAGUUACAGUUGUCCAAGUAACAUUGAGAAGUUGGUAAUAAGAGGGUGCCACUUAACUACAUCCUUGAGCUUCCCAACAAUGGACGGCCUCUCAUCCUCUUUAAAGUUUCUUGAUAUUCGCCGGUGUAAUAAUAUGGAUGUAAGUUGGCUUCACAACAAAUUCUUAUCAUCACUUGAAUCUCUUUAUAUUUAUGAAAUGCCCAAAUUGAGGUUGUUUCAUGAAGGAUGCUUAUCUUAUCUCACCAAGUUAUCAAUUUGGAGAUGUGAUAACAUAGAAUCCAUUCCAGAUAAUGGUUAUGGUUUUCUUCCAUUUCUUUGCUUGAGACACCUUGAGAUAUAUAAUUGCAAGAAUCUGAAGUCAUUUCCUCAUGAGCAUUUGCAAAGUCUCACAUCUCUGGAAUAUAUGCAAAUAAGAGAUUGUCCAAGUCUGGAUGACUCUUUUCCCUGUGGUUUGUGGCCUCCUACUUUAAAGGAACUUUCAGUAGGAGGGUUAAAGAAGGACAUCUCAGAGUGGGGGCUGCAAAAUUUCCCAGCCUCACUUGAUAAACUUAGAUUAAUUGGUAGAAAUUCAGACAGAGUGGUUUCAUUUGGUGCAAAGGCAGAAGAAGAAGAAGAUAAGAGUGCUUCAUCAUCAUCUUUUCUUCUUCCAUCAUCUCUUACUAAUCUACAUAUAGCUAAUUUUUAA